AUGACUUCCUCCUGGUUCGCCUCCGAAGCGCUGCGGCUCGUCGAGUCGCGCAACCGCCGCGAGGUCGCGGCCUUCAGCGCACUCAUCGCGUCGCACCAGCAGCUGCUCUUCCGACCGCUGACCUCUUCUGCUGCUACUGCGCUGCACGCGUCGACGCCUCUCCGCUCGGCGCAGGAACAAGAAGCGGCGGCAGCGCAGAGGUACUUGGCGACUAUCGAGCGACUGGAGCGCGACGUGGCGGACGCGAACGCGCAGUUGGCGGCGUACGCGGGCGAUCAGUUGGCGCUCGUGAGGGAGAGCAAAACGUUGUGGCAGGAGCGCGACAAGUGGGAGCAGCAGCUGCAGCUCGCGACGAGGCGACUGGACGACGAGACGGCGUUAGGGCUCGAGAAGGACAAAGCGCUCGCGGAGUUGGACGCGGCGCUGUCGGUGCUGAGAGAGGAACUCGUGCGCCAGCGGCAGCUGCUCGAGACGAGUGAGGCGGAGACGGAGAGGCUGCGGCGGCGGAACGCGGAGCUCGAGACGCAGGUGCAGGAGAAGAGCGCGCUGCUGCAUGAGUGGCUUCAGGCCACGAGUGGGGAGAAAGCAGAGCCGACAGCGUCUUCACUGGACGCUGCGGCGACGCAGGAGAUGACGGAGAGCAUGAGCCGCUCGCUGGACGGAACCGCUGGCUCGAGUCGAGUGGGUCCGACGUCCAAGCUGAUCGCCCGCGUCACGCACGCGAUUCGAGCGCAUGCGACAGAGGUGAACUCGGUCUGCUUCAACGCGUCCGGCAAGAUCCUCUUCAGUGGAAGCAGCGACGGCACUGUGCGAGCGUGGGAAGCAGAGGCAGGCGCGUCGUGUACCCCGAGAGCGCUAGGGGAGUAUCGGGGCGUGGGGACGGCGCAUCCGUUGCUGUGUGUGCGCGCGUCGGAAGACGGCGCGCUGGUGCUCGGGACCGGAUGCGACCGCAAGUGCUUUGUGUGGCGAGUGGGCACAGGGCGCGUGAUGCAGACGCUGACGGGCCACAAGGGCAAGGUGCUGGCGGCCGAGUUCUCGCCCGUGUCGCCUCACGAAGUGCUCACGGGCUCCUCCGAUCGCAGUCUGCGUGUGUGGGAUGUGCUGCGAGGAGUGCGGCUGCAAACGGUCAGCUGCGUGUCCAGCUGCAACGACAUUGCUGCGCGGUCCGGAGCGGCUGCGGGGUUUGUGCAGUUCGCCAGUGCUCAUCAGGACGGCGCGGUCCGGUUCUGGGACACGCGGACGCGACGCUGCGUGCAGGAGCUGCACGGCCUCCACAGCGACCAAACGACUUCCGUGAGCUUUGGCGGCACUGAGCUGCUCACGAACUCGCGCGACCACUCGCUCUGCGUCGUCGAUCCGCGUACCUAUGGCGUCCUUCGGACGCUGCGGCACGACGCCUACAAGUGCGGGUUCGACUGGGGCCAGGCGUCGCUCAGUCCGGACGGCCACUACGCUUUGGCCGGCGGCGCGUCCGGCGUCCUCUUUGUGUGGGACGCGCGCACCGGCGCCGUCGAGCAGCAGCUCCAGUCGGGUCCGAACGGCCAUCACGGAGCAGUGGCGUGUUGCGUGUGGCGUCCGGACGGCACAGGUGCAGCGUCCUGUGACAAGAACGGCGGCGUCGUGCUAUGGGAGUGA